AUGCGAAUCGUCAAUCGAAUCCAGAGUUUCCAGAAAACAGUGUUUGCUCUCGUAGAGAGAACCAGUCGCCUAGACUGCGCGCUGGACAUCCGCCCGCAAGCGCUCAGAAUCACCAAUUCAAGACUUUUCAACCCCAGGGGAAAUUCGUCACAUGCUGAACUGAAGUACCGCUGCGGCACUGUUCGGUGGGAUACGCUUACUACGAGAAAAUAUCAUGAUGUGAUUUUAUGUAGAGGCCUUUCGCCUUGCUCUCGAACUAACGCCCCUAACUACUUGUGGGGAAUCAUGUUUCCUCUUCCUGUGUUGGAUGUUGUCUCUGGUCUGGUUGCGCCUCGUCGCCUCGGACUGCGUGGCAUCGCUGGACUGACGUUGGAGGCGCUGCGACGGAGACAGAGAACGCGAAUGCUGGCUGCGCAGCGACCUCUGGGUUACUGGAUGUGCCAAGCACAUUGA